CGCGUGGCCGCCAGUGUUCCGCGAGCGCUCCGGCCCGGAAGGUUAGACGUUAGAUCCCGAUGAUUAAGAGCCGGACCUCAUAAACACGCGAUACGACGGGGUGGUAGCGGCGCCUCAGGACUUUCAUCUUUUUACAUAGACUACAUAGAGGAUGGAGGAGAUCGACAAUAUAAUAAUUCACUCGUUGCGACAAAUAGGCUGUGACAUUGAAGAGAACGUAACGAAUCUAAGUGGCUUCAACACCGAAUUAGUUGUGGAAGCUACUGUAAGAUGCUUAGAAGCAAUAAGGCCGGGUCUAGGCCUGUCCACUGUACUACCCGUGAACAUGGCAGCGCGCUUUCGACUGGGCGCUACUCUCGCACAAACGUGCACGGAACUCGGGUACAGAGGUGACAUCGGCUACCAGACGUUCCUGUACAACUCAGAAGCAGAUCUGCGGAGGGUAUUCAUGUUUCUCAUCGAAAAACUGCCAAAGGAGAGUGAAAAAACUGUAAACGAGUCCAUCAGUAAAGUCGCUUUAUUAGAGAAAUCGGUAGCGUCCGCGAUAUCCCAAGGACUCUCUGUACCAUGGUUACCGUAUUACUGUCACAAAAAAGGGUUCAGGAACAGAGGAAGAGCGAGUGUCCCCUACGCGUCUGUAAAUAUCCAAGUACCAAUAGCAAACGUGGAGGAUGAUUACAAAGACUACUGUAUGCGCUAUUUACAAUCAGUGCCUGAACAAAUGCAAGACAUUUCAUGCUUUUUACCUUCAAUGAUAUCGCAUAACGCGAGAGCGCUUAAUGCUUCUUCGAUAGAUAUUAUGGAGCGCAUAAAUUGGCUCAAUAGCCAACAGCCUGAAAAAACUGCUUAUUCUAAUGCACAUAAUAUUGUCAAAGAGUUUAGCAAGUUCUCGUCAGAGAACAAGACGCAAACUUCAACAGAAUCUCAAAUGAAACCAGAAUCCAUGAUGCAUCCAGUGCUUCCAGAUGAAGAAACAUUAAGAAAUGAGGCAAAGCAGGAAGUUGAAACAGAAAAGAUGAAAACGGAAUGCGAGAAUAUUAGAAUAAAUAUAGAAGAAUUACAAAACGAAAUUAAAAAAUUGACCACUAGAUUAGCCCAAGCGACGAUAACUAAUCAGAACGAAGAGAAGGAAUUAAAAAUCAGUGAGGAACAAAAAAAGAUCAAAGCAAAAGCAUACGAAUUGCUUCAAGAUGGACCUGAGAAUAUAAAAAAAUUGGAAUCUGCAAUUGAGGCUAGUACGAGCAAAUUGAUUAAUUUAGCAAAUCAGUGGGAAAAGCAUAGAGUGCCCUUAAUCAUGAAGUAUAGGCAAGAACGGGAAAAGCAUUCCACAAAAGCAAAUGCGAGCCAAAAGAAGCUGGACGAGAUCAAAUUGUUAAAAGAAAGGGAGAAAGAACUUCAGGAGGAAUGUCGGAAUAAGGAUCAACAGUAUUCACAGUUGGUCGCGGAAGUUCAGAAACUUCCGAAAGAAGUGAAUAGAUCUGCAUACACUCAACGAAUUUUAGAAAUAAUAAAUAACGUCAGGAAACAGAGGGAUGAAAUAAGCAAAGUUCUGGCGGAUACUCGUGAGAUUCAAAAGGAAAUCAAUACGCUUACCGGGAGAUUGGAGAGAUCCUUUACUGUCGUAGAUGAACUGAUAUUCAGAGACGCGAGAACAAACGAGGCUUCGCGGAAAGCUUACAAAUUAUUGGCGACGUUACACUCGGACUGCAAUGAACUCGUGAGUUUAGUCGAGGAAACGGGCGCGACAAUACGGGAGAUUAGAGAUUUGGAAGAACAGAUCGACUCUGAAUCAGCGAAGAAUGUCGGUGCUAAUUUGGAAAGGAUAACUGCCGAUUUGAAACAGAUGAAGCAAGAAACCGCCGCGUUAACCGCGCAACUCCAGACUAAAGCCUCGUGAUUGUUAUGUACAGUGUUGCGCCAUUUUGCAAAUUGUAAUAUUCAGGACCAGAUGGGAAUCUAGUACAGAAUAUAAACGAAUACAAUCGAAUGCAUCAAAGACCAAACAUUUUUUAGCUGCGCAACUGGCAAAAUAUAAUGCGAUAUUGCCGGUGAGGAUCUCCACGAAUCUACUAAGUUGUCUGCUAAAAGAACGUGCCUUGGCCUGGAGUCGUCAGGCAUUAGGCUUCUGUUAGCCUCUGGCCAAGUGUAUAAUAAAGACACCCUAUUAAUAUCGAUGCUCAAAGAGACAUUAUUUGUUAUAAAGCCUAAUAAUUUUUUAGCAUCGAGUUCAACUUUCGUAUUUCUCACAACUUGAAGAUCUGACUUACGGCUGUAAAUAAAAUAACUGCUAAAACUUUCGAACAAAAAAACAUGUACAAAAUAUAGAAUGUGUACGAAUAAUGGUAAAAUCAACGUUUAAUAAUUUAUA